AUGGGGAGGUACCUGAUCAUUGUUCCAGCUGCACUGCCUUACCCCUCCUCCCAGAGGGUGUGCUUGGACCUGCGUGGGGUGGAGAAGCCUAUUCGUGUGGCCUUAACUCUGGUGCAUUCAUCUGGCAACCUCAGCCUCUACCGCAAGGUUGUCAGGAACAGCUGGAUCUUGGAGUGUGCCAGAUUUCAGGUCCCCCGCCCUGCCAGCACCCAGGAGGUGUGCACUGUCCACUUGCGCAUCUCCAACGGCCACUACUUCAAUGCAAACGAGGAGAAGCAGGUCCUGAUGCACAGGGCUGGCACAGGCACUUUCAUCCAGAUGGAUAAGCCCAUCUAUAACCCAGGACAGACAGUGAGAUUCCGGAUCGUGACGUUGACCGAGGAUUUUGCUCCCAUAAACAGCAAGUACUCUGUGGUGGAAGUCCAGGACCCAAACCAAAACCGUGUUGGCCAGUGGCUGGAUGUGAGAGCAAAACAGGGCAUUGCAGAGCUCUCCUUCCAGUUAGCUGCUGAACUCGCUCUGGGGACUUACACCAUCCGUGUGGUGAACCCAAAAGCAUCCAGUACCUUUAAGGUGGAGAAACGUGAGGUGCAAAGGUUUUAUGUUUUCUUCGAGGGACCAGCUCAGAUUUAUGCUUCAGAUAAAACUUACCCACUGCGGGUGUGCGGCAGGUACAGCUAUGGAAAAGCAGUGCAAGGCACCAUGCAAGUGACUCUGUGUCAGAAGGCAAGGAGGCAUCCUCAGAAUGCCAGCAGGAACACCUGUAGGGAAUACAGUGGUCUGACCACAAGCAAGGGGUGCUUCACAUCUCCUGUAAGCACAUCAGCCUUCAACUUGUCUCCCACCGAGGAAGAGAGCAAGAUCUAUGCCAAAGCUUCUCUCCUGGAGACGGGCACAGGUGUGCAGAUCAACACCUCCAGACAAAUCCUCAUCUCCAGGACAGCUGCAAGGGCAGUGUUUGAGACACCAAAUGCCUAUUACAUCCCUGGAGUGCCCUACAGGGGAAAGAUUAAGCUUCAGGACCACCAUGGGCAUGCUAUGAAAAACAGCAAAGUGUAUCUUGUGAUCAAGUUCCUGAGGCGUCAGUUUAUCAAGACAUACAUCACAGAUGACCAUGGAACAGCCUUGUUCAACCUGGACACCACUGCCUGGAACAGCUCAUCAGUCUCUUUGGAGGUCUCUGGGAAAGCUGGAAUUAUUGUCAGGGGCCAGAGGAGUGUCCAGGUCGGGAAGCUGAACAGUAAGUCUGUGGCAGCUAGAAACUGGGAGGACCCAGUGUUGAAGGGGUCCUUCUCCAUUCCUCUGACCUUCACUGCUGACUUCACCCCAUCACCUUCCCUGGUGGUGUAUGCCAUCUUUCCCAGUGGAGGGAUAGCAGCUGACAGCAUCCACUUUGAUGUUGCCUUGUGCUUCGAAACCCAAGUCAAGGUUGGAUUCUCAGCUAAAGAAGCCCACUCAGGGUCAACAGUGCAGCUCCAACUUCAGGCAGCCCCUGGCUCCCUGUGUGCAGUACAGGCAGUAGAUGAAAAUAUGUUCUUCAUGAGACCAGAGGCUGAGCUGACAAGCCAAAUGGUCUAUGGUUUGUUCCCUGCUGCCCACCGACACGGAUACCCUGCCCAGGUAGCAGAGCACUGUGUGCAGUCCCAGCCCACAGCAGCUUCCCUGCGAGGGAAGCCACAGGAUUCCUUCCAGCCUGACAUCUUUAAACUUUUCUGGAACAUGGGUCUGAAGAUCUUCUCAAAUCUUGUGAUCAAGAAGCCGUCUCAGUGCCUUCAUCGGGCGGACAGGAAGCCGCCCGCAGGGUUGCCUCCUACAGAAGACCGAAGAAUUAUUAAGGAACAUCCCCAGUUUGCAGCUCACAGAAGACUUCACCACUAUUUCCCUGAACCUUGGAUCUGGAAUCUGUUCUCUGUUGGCUCCAACAGCAGCAGCAGUGUCCUCAUCACAGCACCUGAUGCUACCACAGAGUGGAAAGUCAAGACAUUCUGCUUGACCGGGAGAGGAUUUGGCCUUGCCCCUACCAUAAGCUUCAGAACAGUCCAGUCCUUCUUUGUGGAUGUGACACUGCCACAUUCUGUUAUCCAAGGAGAGACCUUCACACUGAAAGCUACUGUCUUCAGCUACUUGCAGCAGUGCAUACAGAUCCAUGUGACCCUGGCUAAAUCCUCAGACCUCCAUCUGGAGCCAUGCCGGACCUGCAGGGACAAGGAGUGUCUGUGUGCAGAGGAGUCCAAGACCUUCGUAUGGAAUGUGACAGCAGUCCAGCUGGGGACCCUGAAUGUCACAGUGCGGACAGAGGUGCUGGAAUCCACGCCGUGGUGUGGAGGCAGGAGGCCCCUGCCAGCUGCCCUGAGGAGGAGGCAUACACUGCUCAAACACUUACUGGUCCGGCCAGAAGGUGUCUUAGUGGAGAAGUCCUACAGCUCCCUUCUCUGCCCAAGAGGAGGAAGCAUAUCUGAAGAGCCCGUGUCCCUUCGCCUCCCUGACAGUGCAGUGAAGGGAUCUGCCAGUGCUUCCCUUUCCAUCUCAGGUGACCUCAUGGGGCUGGCACUGCAGAACCUGAACCACCUGGUGCAGAUGCCCCUUGGCUGUGGGGAGCAGAACAUGGUGCUGUUUGCCCCUGUUGUCUAUGUGCUGCAGUACCUGGAGAAGAUGAGGCAGCUGACCCCUGAGAUCAAGGAGAGGGCCAGAGGGUUCCUGCGCAACGGGUAUCAGAUGCAGCUCCUUUACAGGCACAGAGAUGGGUCGUACAGUGUAUUUGGGCAGCAAGAUGGGGAAGGGAACACUUGGCUGACAGCUUUUGUGGUCAAAAGUUUUGGCCAAGCCAGAAAAUACAUCUAUGUAGAUGAAAAGAACAUCCAGGAUGCCCUGCGCUGGCUAGAGCAGAAACAGCUCCCCAGUGGCUGCUUUGCCACCAAAGGAAGCCUCUUUCACUCCUCCCUUAAGGGCAGCAUGGACGAUGAAGUCUCCCUGGGUGCGUACGUCGCUGCAGCGCUGCUGGAGAUGGGUCAGCCGCUGAAGAGCAAGAUGAUGCAGGCCACCCUCCGCUGCCUGCAGCAGGCGGUUCACAAUGUCACAAACACCUACACAGAAGCCAUACUGGCCUAUGCUUUUGCCCUGGCUGGGGACUAUGAGACAACCCAGGAGCUGCUGUAUAAACUGGAGGAACAAGCCAUCAAAUCAGGAGGACAAAUCCACUGGAGUCCCAAGCCAAGCUCCCCAGCUUCCACAAACUUCUGGCCUGAUACUCAAUCAGUGGACAUAGAAUUGACAGCCUAUGUGCUCCUGGCAUACCUGUCUAAGCCACGGGUGCAUGGAGGAGACAUGGCAACUGCAGCUGGGAUUGUGGCAUGGCUGAGCCAGCAGCAGAAUGCCUAUGGGGGAUUUGCCUCCACCCAGGAUACAGUUGUGGCCUUGCAAGCCUUAGCUAAAUAUGCAGCAAGGACAUUCAGCACAUCAAGCCAGGCACUUGUGAGGGUGAAGUCCCAGAGGGGCUUUGAGAAGUCUUUCCAAGUCAACCGCCAGAAUCGAUUUGUGGUGCAGCAGGCAGCACUGACAGAGGCCAAAGGCAGCUUCCUGGUGCAGGUCCAUGGCAGCAGCUGUGUCUUGACUCAGAUAGUGCUGAGGCACCAUGAGCAUCCCCAGCAGGCUGCUGUAACCUUCACUCUGAACGUCAACACAGAGCUGACCAACUGCAGCCAGGCCAAUGCACGUGUCCUCACCGUCAGCAUCCUUGCCAGCUACAUUGGGAGCAGAGUCACAUCCAACAUGGUGAUUGUGGAGGUCUCCCUGCUGUCUGGGUUUAUCCUGGCUCCCAGAUCUAGGAUGCUGCUGGAGCAGAAAAGCAUCGUUAAGAAACUGGAAGUGAAAGCUGAUGUGGUCUACAUUUAUCUGGAGAAGCUCAGUGAUGAAUCCCAGACUUUCAUUCUGCAACUGGAUGAAGUAAUUCCUGUAAGGAACCUGAAGCCAGCCAGCGUCAGAGUCUAUGAUUACUACCAGCCAGAGGAGCAUGCCUCGGUGGAAUACAGUGCUGUCUGCAGCUGA